AAAUUGUAUUAUUAUUAGAAAAGUACGAUAUAUAAAUAUAAAUGUUAAUUACGGACACAAUCAUAAUCUAUACAAGUUAAUGAAAAUAAGCAAUUUUGCAAAAGAAACUAAUUGUGCUUUAUGAAUCUGACUGUUUUUUGGUGAAACAAAUUCUUGUGUGGUUGUGCGUGUGUGUUUUGUAAGAAAAUCUGUGAAUCGUUUAAACAUUUGUAAUGCGUAAGACGCGAUCCCAAACCAAUGCAGAAAAUGCGUUGCUGUCUGGCAGUGCCAAUAGCAGUUCGCGUUCUGCAGUUGUAUCCUCAUCAACAACUGCCACAAGCCACCAGCAGCAACAACCUCAACAGCAUCAGAUGAAUUCCGGCAACCCACAAAAGAGAAGUACUCAAACAGCUUCCCUCAAUUUUAAUGAACCGGCCAGGAUUAAGGAAUGUGAAGAUAUGUUAAGCCUUCUUCGUGUGGUUGAACUGCAAAAGAUACUUUCGUAUUUAAACAUUUCCUUUGCCGGGCGCAAAAUUGACUACCAGAGAAGAAUUUUAGCAUUGCUACGCACUAAUUUCGAAUUAAUUGCACCAAAGGUACGGGAAAUUUACUCGCAAUCCAUUGCUGAUCAACAAAAUAAUCAAUACGGUCCACCGGAGCCAAAAAGAAUGUAUUCACAAAUGCAAAUGCAACCGAAUGCCGGUGGUAUGGUAGGUGCCAAUACUGCGGCUCAAAUGGGAACAGCACAACAAAUCUUAAAUCCAGCAAAUCAGGCUGGUAUGCAAGCAGGUGUACCGCCUGGCAAUAAUGUAGUACCAUUUCUACAUGCUAUACCCACACAAAUGCCGAUUCAUCCAGAUGUACGUUUGAAAAAAUUAGCUUUUUAUGAUGUGCUGGGCACUUUGAUCAAACCUUCGUCGCUGGUGCCUCGUAAUGCUCAGCGCAUACAGGAAGUACCAUUUUAUUUUACACUAACACCACAACAAGCCACAGAAAUAGCAUCGAAUCGUGACAUUCGCAACAGUUCAAAAAUAGAACACGCUAUACAAGUGCAGUUAAGAUUCUGUCUAUUAGAGACUUCAUGCGACCAAGAGGAUUGCUUUCCGCCAAGUGUCAGUGUUAAAGUAAAUAACAAAUUAUGCCAACUUCCCAAUGUCAUUCCAACAAAUCGUCCCAAUGUGGAACCAAAACGACCGCCUCGACCAGUAAAUGUUACAUCAAAUGUAAAACUAUCGCCAACAGUAACUAAUACAAUAACUGUCCAGUGGUGUCCCGACUACACACGAGGCUACUGUAUUGCGGUGUAUUUAGUUAAGAAAUUAACAUCUGCUCAGUUAUUGCAAAGAAUGAAACAGAAGGGCGUUAAACCAGCCGAUUAUACUAGAGCUCUUAUCAAAGAAAAGUUAACUGAAGAUGCUGAUUGUGAAAUUGCUACGACAAUGUUGAAGGUAUCGUUAAAUUGUCCCUUGGGUAAAAUGAAAAUGUCCAUACCAUGUCGUGCUUCAACAUGCUCACAUUUGCAAUGUUUCGAUGCUAGCCUUUUCCUGCAAAUGAAUGAACGCAAACCCACUUGGAAUUGUCCAGUUUGUGAUAAAGCGGCCGUUUAUGAUAAUCUGGUUAUUGAUGGCUACUUCCAAGAAGUAUUGGCCUCAAAUUUACUUAAACCAGAUGAUACUGAAAUACAAUUGCACAAAGAUGGCUCAUGGAGCACUCAUAGCUUAAGGAAUGAAGGUCAAAUUUUAGAUACACCAACUAAGCCAGUUGAAAAGGUGGAAGUUAUUUCAGAUGAUAUUGAACUCAUUACCACAGAAGAUGUAAAACCAGUCAAGGCUGUAGCUUCCGCAUCGCUUAAUUCAAAUGAACAACCUUCAUCAACAACAAAUAGUGAAACUGUGGACUUAACACUCAGUGACUCAGAUGAUGAUUUACCUUUGGCAAAGCGUCGUCCUAUUGCUAAACCAAAUACUAAUCAAGGAGCACCAUCUUCAACUAUGAAUGGCAAUGGCGGAGGUGGUAAUCAAAGAGGCAUGUAUAUGCAACAAAAGAAUGUUAUAAAAUCCACCACGAAUAAAACUAAAGAACUUUCGUCCCUUCCAUUAAUAGCAAAUUGUGCUAAUAAAUCGAAUAAUAAUAAUGAUUUUUUUCGCCAUUAUAACAAGUUAAUGAAUCGUAUAGAUAUUAUUAUAAAUUCUGUUGAAGAUAGCAACAAUAACAACAGCAACAGUAGUAAUAACAAUAAUCAGUUACAAAAAAAUGGUAUUACGAUCACACGGACAAAUGACAAAACUAAUAAUGUUCGAAUUUCAAAAUCACCAACCAUUCAGAAAGCACAAGAUAAUGAUGAUAUAACCAUAAGUCGUGUGGCUAAAAGGAAAAAAUAAUUAUGUACACUAGAACAAAUCUACAUUUGCUAUUUGUUAAAAUUAUUAUUUUAUUGUUUUCAUUUCCCCUCAUUUUUCUAUUUUGUUAAUUUUCUAGACAUUUUUGUUUUAUACACUACUACUAUUUUUUUUUGUUUUAAAAGUUUUGUAAAGUAUUUACUAUAACGUAACGUUUUUAUAAAUUUUGUUAGUUUGUUAAGGAAAAAUCAUAACUUAUUGUAAAAGAAACACCAUAAUAAACUACUUUUUUAAUAACUAAAA